GUCAAGGAGUCAAGGAUUGUGGAAUCAGGGAUCGGGGGUCCAGACUUGUGAAAUGUGAACAUGGGGAUCUAAAAUAUCACGACAUUGUUCUAGGAGAAGGCUAUAUUUACUUGGAUUGAUUAAGAAAAGAAGGGGGCGAGACGACAGGUAAGAAGAAACAGCUGAGGAGGGAAUGAGAAGGAGACCUUGGUGGCAACGGUUGGUGGCAGCACUGUCCCAGGUUAGUGCAGCUGCGGCCCCAGACUCCAUUUCCCGUGAUGCUCCGCGGCCCUCCGCAGUGAUGCGGGGUGUGGUGAGUGAAUGACUGUGUGCCGUGCGGGAGGAGGGUCUCACCGACACCAGCGGACCCGCCGCGGAGCAUCCACCGGUCGGAGGAGAGGAGGAUGCGACGCUCGCUGUGGAUCCAGAUCCAUCGGUUCUGACCUGAGGCCGGACCCGGAGCGCGCUGCUGAUGGAGCGUCGCAGCACCGACGGAUGAGAGCAGCGGACCGUCGGUGUUUUUCAGGCUCAUGUCAGCGACAAUUAGCCUCCUGGAUCUCUGACGGGCGACAGCGCCGAGCGCUUGCUGCUGUCGACCGGUUGACGGGCGCAUUGUUUUCCUCAUGAUUCAUAAUUCAUGAGGAGGAAACAGGGUCAUUAAAGAAGAUCUGUUUUUCCACAUUGUCCCCAGUGAAGGAGCAGUGAUGUCAAAGACUAAGAGCAGCGAGUCGGUGAAGGUGGUGGUCCGAUGUCGACCUUUGAACCGUAAAGAGGAGUCGAGCGGGCCGGGAGGCGCCAUCGUCCAGAUGGAUCUGAAACUGGGGCAGGUGAUCCUCAGGAACCCUCGAGCCCCCGCGAGCGAGCCCCAGAAGACCUUCACCUUCGACGCCGUCUAUGAUGGCUACUCCAAGCAGCGGGAUCUGUACGACGAGAGCGUGCGGCCGCUGAUCGACUCGGUGCUGGAGGGCUUCAACGGGACCAUCUUUGCCUACGGACAAACCGGGACGGGGAAGACCUACACCAUGCAGGGCGCGUGGCUGGAGCCCGAGAAGCGGGGCGUGAUCCCCAACGCCUUCGACCACAUCUUCACGCACAUCUCGCGGUCCCAGUCGGACCGGCAGUACUUGGUCCGGGCCUCCUACUUGGAGAUCUAUCUGGAGGAGAUCAGAGACCUUCUGGAUCCCAACCACAGCAGCGCCCGAGCGCUGGACCUCAGAGAGAGUCCCGAGACUGGUGUGUAUGUUCGGGACCUCACCUCCUGCGUCUGCAAGAGCAUCAAGGAGAUCGAGGAGGUGAUGAACGUGGGCAACCAGGCCCGAGCGGUGGGCGCGACGGACAUGAACGAACACUCGUCCAGAUCCCACGCUCUGUUCCUCAUCACGGUGGAGUGCAGCCAGCCAGGACCAGACGGGAGGAAGCACAUCCGAGUGGGACGUCUGAACCUGGUGGACCUGGCCGGGAGCGAGCGGCAGGCCAAGACAGGAGUCCAAGGCGAGCGUCUGAAGGAGGCGGCCAAGAUCAACCUCUCGCUCUCGGCGCUGGGGAACGUCAUCUCGGCCCUGGCCGACGGUCGGAGCGGCCACGUCCCCUACCGAGACUCCAAGCUGACCCGGCUCCUGCAGGACUCCCUCGGCGGGAACGCCAAGACCGUCAUGGUGGCCACGUUGGGCCCCUCGGCCCUCCACUACGACGAGACCCUCACGACGCUCCGCUACGCCAACCGAGCCAAGAACAUCCAGAACCAGCCCAGAGUCAACGAGGACCCCAAAGACGCCUUGCUGAGGGAGUUCCAGAGGGAGAUCGCUCGCCUCCGCGCCCAGCUCAACCACAGGAAGUGGAGGACCAAGCAGAAGAAGGAGGACGGGGACAGCUGGGACGACGAGUUCGAGGACGGAGACGAGGCGGAGGUGGAGAAGGAGGCCGAGGACUACGUGAAGCUGGAGGAGCAGCGGCUGGAGAUGGAGAAAGAGGCCAUCCGUGGAGACCGUUUCCUGCUGGCCGAGGAGAAGCAGAGGCUGCUGGGAGAGAAGGAGAGGAUGAUGGGAGAUCUGAGGAAGGAGCAGGAGGCCACGGAGCAGCUCACCGCCAAGUACAAGGCGAUGGAGAGCAAGCUGCUGGUGGGAGGAAAGAACAUCAUUGACCACACCAACGAACAGCAGAAGAUGCUGGAGCUGAAGCGGCACGAGAUCGCGGAGCAGACCCGCCGAGAGCGAGAGAUGCAGCAGCAGAUGCUGGUGCAGGACGACGAGACGCUGGAACUCAGGGACACCUUCACGUCUCUGCAGCAGGAAGUGGAAGCCAAAACCAAGAAACUCAAGAAGUUGUACGCCAAGCUGCAGUGCAUCAAAGCGGAGAUCCAGGACGUGAACGACGAGCACGUGCGCAGCCGCCAGGAGCUGGAGCAGACGCAGAACGAGCUCACCAGGGAGCUCAAGUUCAAGUACCUGAUCAUAGAGAACUUCAUCCCUCCUGAGGAGAAGAACAAGAUCAUGAACCGGCUGACCUUUGACCCCGAGGAGGAUCAGUGGAAGUUCCAGCGUCUGGUUGCUACAGAGAGCAAAACCUCUCAGAUGAAGAGACGUCCCUCGUCAGCGGUGGGCUACAAGCGGCCCAUCAGCCAGUACGCCAGGGUUGCCAUAGCGAUGGGCGGCCACUCCAGAUACCGGGCUGAGAACAUCAUGUUUCUGGAGCUGGACAUGACCCCGCCGACCACCUCCUCGCUGGACUCCCUCCAAAGUCCAUCCCAGGACAGUUCGCCCAGCAAGGACCGAGGCGUCCACAAGUCUCGCUCUUGGUACCAGAGCUCCAAAUCCCUCACCUCCUCGUCCUCCAACACCUCUCUGUCGGGGUGUCCCGUCGCGGCAGCCGCCGAGUGACCUCUCACCGUCGGCGUGCCGGUGGACACCGUGAAGACCUCCAGGACGUGGACCUGCUCUCCACUUGCAUGGACUUAGAAGAGACUCUGCGCAGUGUAAAUAAUAGGUGUAUUCAGGGUUUGGUGGUUUAUUCCUGUGUGCUGUCGGUGCACAGGUGAGUGCUGCACAGUAGGAAACGAUAGAAUAGUCUUUGAUGUCGUCGGUCAGACGAGGUGCGCCGAAACCUGAAUGAAGACCCCCUCGCCAUCACGCCAUCCAUCCGUGUGUCGGUUGAAAAUAAAAGCCUUAAGGUGACAACAUUGAAUUAAAAUUGGAGGCCAGUCACCUCCGGGAAGCUGGCUUUACUUGGUGUGGACGUGGGUUGUGUUCUCGAGUGAGGGGAGGACGGAGACGGACGGAUCUUGGCUCAGCAUGGCUCUGAAUGGUGGUGAAGAGUAGAGCUGAGCCAAGAGGCAAGGCACUGACCGCUGCAGGGUUCGGCAGCAUGGCAGCCUCAUCUCUCUCCACUCACUCAUGAAGCAGACCUGCAGAUGCAUGAUGCUGGAGGGAGUGGUGGAACCUCCAGGCCAACAGAAGCAACAGUUGUAACAAUGUUUUUCAUGUUGUGCUGGUCCGAUACGGAGUAAACAGGAAGGAAUCACACCUUUGAGUCUCACAGCCGCGCUGAGGGGAGUCUGGGCUGAAGCGCUAGAAUGGUUCUGGACUUCCCGAAGGUCACAGGACAAGGUCAUCACCACUCCAUUAUUGAUGCGGAGGAGAUCCAGUUGCAACAGAAGCCCCCCUGGACCGCAGCAGAACACAGAGAAGCAGCAAACCAUGUCGAGAGGUUUGUUUUCAUGGAACCUAGUUUGGAUCCGGCGACUUCAUGCGUCAAAUGAUUUAAACAACGUAGCAAACGUAAACGUAGCAACAGUCUGGAGUCCAAUUCGUGGGAUAACGGCAGGAAGGAUUCAAUAAAUGCGACUCAAGUGUCAAAACAUGGCUCAGGAUCGAGACAUGAACAUCAUCCAUGGUCUACGGAGGAGCUUCUGCGCAAUGACAACAGCACGUCAGCGGAAGUCUAGCUGGAAGUCAAUCAAACCGCCUGGAGGGAGCUAAGCUAAGGUUCCUGAACGUCGACAUGAGAGAAACCGAAACGAAAAAUGGUCUUCAAAAGCUCUAGGUCACAAGGAAAUGGAUCCUCCAGUGAAAACACAAAGAUGGCUGCUUUUGAUCUGCAUUUCUAGGUGUAGUAAAAGGAAAUCACAUUUGCACUUUAUUGUCAGCAGAAAUAUGAUGUGCAGCUUUGUCAGACGAGCGCCAGGCUCUGAUCACGGCUCUCCUCCUCCAGUUCUAGUUUGUGGCUGCGAUAAAUCUGCCAAGAAAUAUUCUGCACAUGCACAUAGACAGCGUUCCAGUGUGGAGAAACAAGGCAAAUGUUGGGUGAGCGGGAGACCAUCUUGUGGGGGAGGAUGGAUGGAGACGACGAUCAGGAAGAGAGGAAUGACUGUGGAGGAGGUGGGAGCAGUUGCCACGGCAACCUGCCCGUGGAGGGAUGUCAGCGCAGGAGGGGGUUUGUGCGAGGACGAGGUUCUGAGCCAGUGGGACUGAGCUCUCGUCUGGUACCAGGAAAUCCAAUAGAGACAGAGAGGGAGGGAGGCUGGGGACCUGAUCGAUCAUGUGCUGCCUGUGUGAUGUGAUCCGCUCAUGAUGUCAACCCUCCUGCUCCUCUCUGCAAUUGCCAUCAAUAAUUCACGCAUUUUCUGCCGCGUGUUUGUGGACCAGCGUCGACAGCUGCAGCGUGCAGUGAUCAGCAUCAGUAGCACA